AUGGCGGACAACUUCGACUUCGUCGUCCCACGUCCGCAAUCCAACUUAUACAGCUCAAGUGAGCAGCAGAAGCUGCCGGAUCCGCAUACUCGUAAACCCAUCGCGGAUUGCCCACUUUCUAUUAUUCGUAGCGAGUUGCAUCCUUGCGCACACCUUUUUUGGAUUACUACGAGGAAAUCGAAGCGAUCACGGUCAGACCACCAGAAUAGCCUUCUCCUAUCUAUUAAAGGAAAGAUCAUCGUCAGUUUCGUGGCACACCAAACUCUACCUGGGUUCUAUAUACAAUCCACACAACUGCCACAUCUAAUUGAAGACUAUCUACUGGACAACUUCUCGCAGCAGACAGCAGCGUCGACAAGCAUCGACGACUAUUCUUCGAAUGCGAAAUUUAUCCGUAAUUCGGCAUCGAAGCUCGCAGUGGCUGAAGGAAGAGAGAUUAAAAACGCCAGGCGUGCUGAGACUCUUGCACCUUCCAGCUAA